GGAGCCGCUUUAUCGGGAGCCCAAGUGGAAAUUUCCCCCUCAGUUGCCGGCACCGCCGCGGAGGAGACGCCAGCGAGAUCCGCCCGUCCUUGUCGCGCCGCGUCCCGCCCCGCCGUCAUGUCCAACUACAUCCACGUCCCGCCCGGCUCGCCGGAGGUGCCCAAGCUGGACAUCACGGUCAGCGAGCAGGAGGGGCCCGGGUACCGCCAGGGCGCCCUGCAGCUCCUGCGCCGGCUGCGCCCGCACUGGAGACCCGAGGAGGUGACGCUGCAGCUGUUCACUGAUGGAAUCACCAAUAAAUUAAUUGGCUGCUACGUUGGUGACAUAACAGAUGAUGUCGUUCUAGUUCGGAUCUAUGGAAAUAAGACCGAGCUCUUGGUGGAUCGAGAUGAGGAAGUGAAGAGUUUCCGUGUGUUGCAGGCCCACGGCUGUGCACCCCAACUCUACUGUACUUUCAACAACGGCCUGUGCUACGAGUUCAUGCAGGGAGAAGCACUGGAUCCAGAGCAUGUGUGCAAUCCAGAUAUUUUCAGACUCAUUGCUAGACAGCUUGCUAAAAUCCAUACUAUUCAUGCACACAAUGGGUGGAUCCCUAAAUCUAAUCUAUGGCUGAAGAUGGGGAAAUACUUCUCUCUCAUACCCACAGAAUUUGCAGAUGAGGAAGUAAAUAAAAGGUUUUUAAGUGACAUUCCAAGUCCUCAAGUUCUUCAGGAAGAGAUGGCCUGGAUGAAGGAAAGACUGUCAAAUUUAGGAUCACCAGUGGUGCUCUGUCACAAUGACCUGUUGUGUAAGAAUAUUAUUUACAACAAGAAACGAGGUGAUGUGCAGUUCAUAGACUAUGAGUACUCUGGAUACAACUACCUGGCUUAUGACAUUGGAAAUCACUUCAAUGAAUUUGCAGGAGUAAAUGAGGUAGACUACAGCCUUUAUCCUAACAGAAAACUACAGGAACAGUGGCUGAGAUCUUACCUUGAGGCCUACAAAGAAUACAAAGGAUUCGGCACAGAAGUCAGUGAAAAAGAAGUUGAGGUCCUGUAUGUCCAAGUCAAUCAGUUUGCACUGGCUUCCCACUUCUUUUGGGGAUUGUGGGCUCUAAUUCAAGCCAAGUAUUCCACCAUUGACUUCGAUUUUCUAGGGUAUGCAAUUGUUCGGUUUAACCAGUAUUUCAAAAUGAAACAGGAGGUCAUGACGUUAACUCUUCCCGAGUAACAAAGAGGAGGACACUUGCCAAGUGGAUGGACAACCCCUGGAUCUUUUCUGAGAACAGAUACUGGAAAAAAGCUAAACAUUUGUUGAAGUGCUGUAAUGCUCACUUGGUGGUUCUUGCUUUAUAAAUAAUGCCUCUAAACAGUCCUUCAAUGUUAAAUUUAAUAUGAAGAGCAUACGUACUGCUGUUGAUAUAAAACAGAUUAGAAACUUGCUAAAUCUAUAAAAAGUUGUAGAAGUGGCAAUUUAAUCCUUCUUUGUAAUUUAACAUAUGUUGUAUGUGAAUUAUUUAUUAUAAGUUUAACAUGAUUCCAUUGCUGCUUUCAUCAGUUUUUGUUAAAGUUGGGUGCAGACAGUGAAGUUGUUCCAAAGGAUUCAUUUAAACAACUUAUUUUAUUGAAGUUGCAUUAACUUAUGCUAAAGAAGACAUGUCAGAGAAUAUUACUCUUUUAAGAUGUGUAUGAGCAAAACGAGUGACAACAGACUUGUGAGAUCUCCAGUGUAACUAGGGAGAAGGGUUAAGAUUGUUUUUUUUUUUUUUUUUUU